AUAAAGCAAAUCAACAAUAAGAAGAAACCAAUAAACUCUUACGCUCUUCAAAGAAAAAAACAUCAAUAAUGAAGCAAUCUCUUCUUCUUUCCUUCGUGUUACUAUCACUUUCAUCAUCAUCACUUGUUACACCAAUCCAUGCACGUAACAAAGGAAAUCCGGCAAAGUCUCCCGUUGGUGCUCCGGCACCAGGACCAUCAGGUUCUGAUUGUUCUCAAGUAAUAUAUAGCAUGAUGGAUUGUCUCACGUACCUUGGUGUCGGAUCAAACGAGACUAUGCCAGAGAAAUCGUGUUGUGUUGGAAUAGAAACUGUUUUACAAUAUAAUCCACAAUGUAUUUGUGCUGGUUUGGUUAGUGCUGGCCAAAUGGGAAUUGAAUUGAAUAACACAAGAGCUCUUGCAACACCUAAGACUUGCAAACUCUCCAUUGCUCCUCCUCAUUGUGGUAUAAUAACUUCAGGUGCUACGACACCAAGUGCUUCGACACCAGGUGCUUCUCCUCCAUCUCCUGUUUCCCCAUCAGCCGGAACACCUACGACUUCACCAUCUGCAGCCAAGUCACCAGCAACUUCGGCAACUUCCCCGUCUUCCGAUGAGACACCGUCAAUGACUGCACCUUCUCCUACAACCUCUGGCACAAACAUCCUCUCAGUUCCUGCACUCACCAUUGUUUUCGUUAUUGUUUCUUCUGUCGCUUACAUUUCCGCUUUUUCUAAUUAAUCACAGCUUUUAUUUUUAUUUUCUUUGUAUUUCAUCUAUGAAUUCAACAUUGUUAUGAUUGUGAUUUGAAGACAUGAUGUUUCUUUAAUGCUUUUAAGUUUUAAUU